AUGCGCUCUGUUCUCUCUUCAUUCGUUUUAGCCCUCUCAGCGGCCUCCAUCGUUUCAUCAUCGCCAUUUUUACCACCUGCUGAGGAUGUCACCACAAUCCCAGGAUCCAGUGAGACUUCUCCUGAGCUCAGAGCCAGGAGUGUUUCUACUGCACCUGGAUCCAGUGGCACUUCUACUGCGUUGGCAUCUAGUGACACUUCAACGCCAGAGACCAAUAUAUGCGAGGGCAACACUGCCAGCACACGGUCUCAGUGGUGUGACUAUGACAUUGACACCGACUACACCACAGAAGUCGUCGACACAGGAAGGAUCCGAGAGUAUUGGCUCGAUCUGACUGACGUCACUGUGGCCCCUGAUGGAAUCUCACGGACCGCCAUGGCUGUCAACGGAUCUAUUCCGGGGCCUACCCUGUUUGCCGACUGGGGUGAUACCAUGGUCAUUCACAUUACCAACUCACUCACCACGUCCCUGAACGGCUCCAGUGUCCACUGGCAUGGUAUCCGCCAGAACCACACCAACCAACAUGACGGCGUGGUUGCCAUUACUCAAUGCCCUCUUGCUCCUGGUCAGUCAAUGACUUACACCUGGAAGGCCGAGCAGUAUGGCACAGCCUGGUACCACUCCCACUUCGGCCUUCAGGCCUACCAGGGCGUUUUUGGAGGUAUUAUCAUCAACGGUCCUGCCACUGCCAACUACGACGAGGACCUGGGCGUGGUGUUCUUGAACGACUGGGACCACCAGACCGUUGACGAACUUUACGUCAAAGCUGCAACAGGUGGCCCCCCUACGCUGGACAAUGGUCUCAUCAACGGCACAAACGAAUGGACUGCUGAUGGCGUCACAACUGGUAAACGAUUCGAUGUAUCUUUUACUGCUGGCAAGUCACACCGCUUGAGACUUGUCGGCGCGGCCAUUGACACGCAUUGGAAAUUCUCCAUUGACAAUCAUAAAAUGACUGUCAUUGCGGCUGAUCUUGUGCCUGUUGAGCCGUUCGAAGUUGACAUUAUAAACCUGUCAAUGGGCCAGCGAUACGACAUCAUCGUGACUGCCGACCAAGGCGAUGUGGCAGACAACUUCUGGAUGCGAGCCAUUCCCCAGGUUGCAUGCUCGGACAACGAAAGCGCCAGCAACAUCAAGGCCAUUGUGUACUACGGCGACGAGGCUUCUGAGCCUACAACCGAGGGAUACGCGUACACUGACGGCUGUGACGAUGAAACCCUGAAGCUUGUCCCAUGGGUGGCCCACGAUGUCUCCGAUGCUGAUUGGAAGGACCUGGAGUCUGCCUCCGUCUCCCGAAACUCGGCUGGUCUUUUCAAGUGGUACCUCAACAGCACCAGCAUGCUUGUGGAUUGGGCCACGCCUACCCUUGAGCACAUCAUGGAGGGCGAAACUGAGCAUGAGACGGACGAUGCGGUCAUCGAGCUCAGCACCCCUAACCAAUGGGUCUAUUUCGUCAUCCAAACCACCAUGACCGUCCCCCACCCCAUCCAUCUCCACGGGCACGACUUCUUCGUCCUCGCCCAAGGCUCGGGCUCAUACUCCUCGUCAGUGACGCUCAACACGUCCAACCCGCCGCGAAGAGACACCGCCAUACUCCCGUCUGCUGGCUUCUUGGUCAUGGCAUGGAAGGCGGACAACCCCGGUGUUUGGCUGAUGCACUGCCACAUUGGAUGGCACACGUCGGAAGGGUUCGCCGUCCAGUUCAUUGAGCGUCGAGACGAGAUUGCGGCGAUUACAGACGGCGAUCUCUUGGACGAGGUAUGCACCCAUUGGGAGACAUUCCAAGAGGAGCACGAGAUUGAGCAGGAGGAUUCUGGAGUAUAA